CAGUUUAGUGUAUUUACUAUUUACAAAAAUGAUGUGAUUUCAGCUUUCGGUGUAUAAUUACUAUAAAAACUUAACUACUUCUAUCUAUCUACACGAAAUAAUCUUUGAAGUCUAAAUUGUACAUAUUAGAAAUGACGAUGAACGUCAAAUCGGAAAAGGAUGCAAGAAAAUGGAAUAUUAGUAAUAUUUAUCAAGGACAUAUAGAUACCUCCAAGAAAUAUGCCAUAGUAGUGUUAAAUAGGUCAAUACUAUUAAAACCAGAUUUUAUGAUCAAACUUUGGAAUAAUGCAUUCGUAAGAAUAACAGUAGAUGGUGGGACAGUGAGAUGGGAUAAAUAUUUAAACAGUCUCCCUUUGGAAGUCCAAAAGAGUGUGAAGAAGCCCGAUUUGGUGACAGGAGACUUUGAUUCCAUUACAGAUGAGGUCCUAGCAAAGUACACAAAUGAAGGAAGUAAGAUAAUCAAUACACCAGAUCAAUGUGACACAGACUUUACAAAAGCUUUAAUGGAACUGAACACUUACAGUCAACAACAUAAUAUUGAGUUGGACUAUGUGUUAACAAUCACACAAAACUCAGGAAGAAUAGACCAAAUAUUAGGGAACAUACAGACCUUGUUUCUUGUGAAAGAGAAGAAAAUAUUCAGUGAUAGAACAAAAGUAUACUUGCUGUGUGAAAAUUUUUUGGCAUGGCUGCUCCUACCAGGAUAUCAUGUUGUUGACAUACCAAAAGAUAUCUUAGAGCAAAGGAAACCAAUAUGCUCAUUGAUACCAGUUGGAGAAGAAUGUAGGAGUGUAACUACAACUGGGCUGAUGUGGAAUUUAGACAACGGGAAAUUAAAGUUUGGUGAACUUAUAAGCACAUCCAACACAUUUGACGGCAGUGAGCAAGUGACAAUCAACUGUAGUAACACUCUGAUGUGGACUGUUAAAGUACCUGUUGAAAUUGACUUUGCUUCAUAACUAAAAGUUAUGAUAAGUUAGAUAUUUUAAGUACCAACAUAGAAAUUGCUUUGUAGGCAUGGGGUUAUUUGAUUGUCCUACGUCAAAUUGAUUGAUGUUGGUAAUGAUAUGUUAGGUUCCACACAAUCCAACUAUA